AUGCUGAACUUUAACAACCCUCACUUCUCCCAUACCGCCGCUGGCCAGAACGCCAAGCAGGGCGAAUCGACAGUGCCGCAGGCACCGCCCAUUUGGAAAAUCCUUGUGAUGGACCCAACAAGCACGGACAUCCUAGCUACUAGUUUGCGUGUGCAGGACCUGCGUGAGAACGGUGUGACCCUGCAUCUCCAGCUACAUUCCGACCGCCCAGCUUUGCCUGACGUGCCAGCCAUAUACUUUGUGUCACCUACGAGUGAAAAUAUGGCACGCAUUGCCAAAGAUGUGGGUGUAGGCUUGUAUGAGACGUUCUAUAUCAACUUCACAUCGGCAGUGCCUCGCCCCUUCAUGGAAGAGUUGGCCCAGGCAGUCGCAAAAGCAGGCGGCGGUGGUCAGAUCCGGCAGGUGUAUGACCAGUACCUGAACUACAUUGUGUUACAGCCCAAUCUGUUCCAGCUGUUGCCCAAGGGGCAGACCUCCAAGUCAGCGCCUGUACCUACGACCUACGAGCUCUUGCAUGCGCCACAGGUGAGCCAGGAACAGGUGGAAGCGGAAACGGACCGUAUUGCCAGUGGACUGCUCUCUGUGCUUGCGACGAUGGGAACACUACCUAUUAUUCGCGCCCCCCGUGGUAGUGCUGCGGAACUGGUGAGCCGGAAGCUAGAGGCAAAGUUACGUGAGCAGACGACAGGUUCUCGUGCAGGUUCAGGGUUCUUUGGAUCAAGUGCGUCGAGUUCAUGGAACAAGGAUCGACCUGUGCUGAUCCUGAUGGACCGCGAUGUCGACUUGGUGCCCAUGGUAUCUCAUUCAUGGACCUACCAAGCGCUGGUGUAUGAUGUGUUGGAGACCAAGCUUAACCGCGUGACUGUGGCAGAACCGGAAAAACCAGCGGCUGCGAAAAAGUCGUACGACUUGGAUGCCAAGGACUAUUUCUGGGCGAAAAACGCGGAAGUGCCGUUCCCGCAGGUGGCGGAGGAUAUCGAUGCAGAGCUGAAUCAGUACCGCCAGGAAGCCAAUGAAAUUAUGCGGUCCACAGGUAUUAGCAGCAUGGACGAAGUGGGCCAGUUGGAUGCCUCGUCCAAUGCCUCGCAUCUCAAGGCAGCUGUGACAGCGCUGCCAAAGCUGACAGCGCGCAAGCAGACGAUUGACGCGCAUAUGAACAUUGCAACCGCGCUCUUGCAGGGCAUCAAGACACGUGGGCUUGAUGAGCUUUAUCAGCUGGAAGAGGCUGUGACGCGACAGAGUAAGUCGACCAUCAUGGAGGCACUGCAAAAUCCGUCCAUUCCCAACCCAGAAGACAGGAUGCGCCUGUUCUUGGUAUACUAUUUGUCUACACCGGACAGUGCUCUCUCACGCGUGGAUGUAGAGGAGUUUGAGACGCUUCUCAAGGGCCAAGGUGUCGACCUGACUCCCUUGGUAUAUGCCAAAAAGGCUCGCGAUAUCAUGCGAUUCUCCCUGGCGGCGCCGACGCCUGCGCCGACGCAGGGCCGACAUGAGCUGUUAAGGGGCUUUAGCUCGUUGAGCAGUCGGCUCACAGACAAACUCAAGGAUAGCCGCCUGGAAAAUCUGGUCGCCGGCGUGAAGAACUUCUUGCCCAUCCAAAAAGACUACGCCGUGACGCGUCUCGUGGCUUCAAUCAUGGACCCUGCUUCUGGAAAUGCUCAGGCCCUGCAGGAGACGGAUGAUUACUUGUACAUCGAUCCACGCCAGCCACGUGGACGUGGUACGGCGAUGGGCCCUGGGGGUGCCAAGGCUCGGCAGCCAUUUGCCCAUGCUAUUGUGUUUGUGGUGGGUGGCGGGAGCCAUGUGGAAUUUGCCAACUUGCAAGAAUAUGUGUCACGUUCCGUGGCGACGUCAGGUGGGAUUGCACUGGGUACGUCUAGUCCCAAGCAGAUCACCUAUGGAAGCACCGACAUUCUCACGCCCUCGGCCUUCCUGCGCGCGUUGACCGUGCUGGGUGCUGCGUCAUAG